AGAUUGUUUUGAUCCAGUUUUUCCUGCUAGCUUAUGUCACUUUUAAGGACAUUUUUCAGUGGAAAAGGUGCCUGUCAUUGUGUUUAGCGCCAUGUCAGAACUAGAAACGUUGAGACUUUUGGUGAAACAGCAAAUACAUCAAGCUGUUGACGAGAUUUUUGGCCUAUUUGAGCAAACAAUCGCAGGUUAUGAGGAGGAACGAACUCGUUUGGAAGAAAAUGAGAGAAAACACAAACAACUGGAAGCGAUUUUCAACCCUACAGUUCAAAUACACAGAUUAGUCUUUCCUGCAGAUGUUACCCUUGAGUUCAGCCCCAGUCUAGACCAGGUGAAGACAGAGACCCUACACAUCAAAGAGGAACAGGAGGAACUCGGUCAGGAGGGAGAGCAGCUUCAAGAGCUGGAGGAGCCUGAUUUGAUCAAGAGUAAAGUCCGUGACGAGAAACCUCAGCCCUCACAGCCUCAUCAAAGCCAAACUGAGGAGAGCGGAGAGCCUGCAGCAAGCAGCAUAGCUCCACACGUAGAAACAAAAGCUGAUGGAGCAGACUGGGGAGGAUCCGAAGCAGCCAGGAGCUCAGACCCACAUUGUCAUCUAUCAUCAUUAUCAGUCAUACGAGAGAAUCUUCUGAGUUGCAAUAUUUGUGAGAAAAGAUUUGACUAUAAGAGCAGUCUGCUGCGGCACAUGAGAGUUCACACAGGAGAGAAACCAUUUGGUUGCACUCUUUGUGAGGAAAGAUUUGGCCAAAAGAGCAGUCUGCCGGCACACAUGAGAGUCCACACAGGAGAGAAACCAUUUGCUUGCUCUCUUUGUGAGAAAAGAUUUGGCCAAAAGAGCAGUCUGCAGGCACACAUGAGAGUCCACACAGGAGAGAAACCAUUUGCUUGCUCUCUUUGUGAGAAAAGAUUUGGCCAAAAGAGCAGUCUGCAGGCACACAUGAGAGUCCACACAGGAGAGAAACCAUUUGGUUGCACUCUUUGUGAGGAAAGGUUUAGUAUCAAGAGCAGUCUGCUGCGGCACAUGAGAGUUCACACAGGAGAGAAGCCAUUUGCUUGCACUCUUUGUGGGAAAAGAUUUAGCUUAAAGAGCAAUCUGCGGCCACACAUGAGAGUCCACACAGGAGAGAAACCAUUUGCUUGCUCUCUUUGUGAGAAAAGAUUUGGCCAAAAGAGCAGUCUGCAGACACACAUGAGAGUCCACAAGAGAGAAACUACAUUUGAAGAAACAUAAAUGCAUGUGUGUUAUUGACAGAUUCACCAGUAACUGAAGCUGCUGGUUGAGCUGAACUGUUUAGCAGUAAUAUUUUAUUACAUUCCAUACAGUUCAUAGAUUUAAAAAAAAUGUAUAAUACUAAAUAAAUACUUUGGCCCUGUGAUUUCUGAUGUUUUUCCUCAUGGCUUUCUGUAAAACAACUGGCUCUGUUGUUCUUUGAUUGGACAGUUUUCUUGUCAGUGGUCUUGUUUCAUUGCAGUGUUGUCUCACAUCAAAGGGAUGUACAACAAAGUGAGAGUAGUGGCUUUGCCAGGUAUGUUGUACCGUGAGUUUUCCAUGUCACAAAGGUGGCUUUCUUAUACCCGGGCUAGAUAACCAUUGUAAUUCAUGCUGCACAGCUUUCUGUACUGAAUCAACUAUAAAGUGGCUUUCACCAAUCACCUCCUUUGAAAGUGUCACUCUGUAGUCAAUAGUCAAUCUAUGAGUGAUACAGAUUCUCAGCUGCUAUAGAUAUAAACUUGUUGAGCCAUAACGUUACAUAAGUAAUACAGUGAUUUCCAUGUCUCCUUUAUUGUGGUACAGGGUCAGACCUUAAUGUAGUUUUUGACUGUAGUUUGAAUCUGCUGCUUCAAGUUUAAAGUGUAACAGCUGUGUAAUAUGCAGCUGUAGUAUUAGAAAUAAACGGUAUAGACUUUGA